CUACCUCCCAAAAGUUCCCAAAAUCACAUAUACUUCGUAUAUCCAAAUAAGGAAUCGAAAGAAAAGAAAAUGAGUAGCAGCAUAGCUGAGAAAUGGGAGGUGCUUAGCGGCAGCAAGAAAUGGGAGGGCUUACUAAACCCUCUGGACCUAGACCUCCGCAAAUAUUUGAUCCAUUAUGGGGAGAUGACCCAAGUAACCUACGACACCUUCAACGCAGACUUGUUCUCCAAGUUCUGCGGAAGUAGCCGCUACUCCGAGGCCACUCUCUUCUCCAAGGUCGGGCUGGAGAAGUCCAGCCCGUACAAGUACGAGGUUGUCAAGUAUAUCUACGCGACAUCCUCGUACACUGUCCCGGACGCCUUCCUCAUCAAGCCCAUCCCAUUGGGUGCUUGGAGCAGGGAGUCCAACUGGAUGGGGUAUGUGGCGGUGGCGACGGACGAAGGAAAGGCGGCGCUAGGGAGGAGAGACAUAAUCGUGUGUUGGAGAGGGACGAUCCGGGCGUUGGAGUGGG